CUUACCCCUGCCGGCUCUUGCCGGCGCGACCGGCGGCCAUGCAGCCCCAGGGCUGAGGCGGCCCCAUGGCGAAGCCAGCGUCCCCGAGGUCCGGGCAACGACGGCGCAUGGAGAACUUCCGUAAGGUGCGCUCGGAGGAGGCGCCGGUGGGGGGUGGGGCCGAGGGGGGCGGCCCAGGCUCCAGCCCCUUCGCGGACCUGGCGCCUGGUGCUGUGCACAUGCGGGUCAAAGAGGGCAGCAAGAUCCGGAACCUGCUGGCUUUCGCCACUGCCAGCAUGGCGCAGCCAGCCACGCGCGCCAUCGUCUUCAGCGGCUGCGGUCGGGCCACCACCAAGACCGUCACGUGCGCUGAGAUCCUAAAGCGCCGCCUGGCGGGCCUGCAUCAGGUCACGCGGCUGCGCUACCGGAGCGUGCGCGAGGUGUGGCAGAGCCUCCCGCCUGGGCCCACACCCGGUCAGAAGCCUGGCGAGCCGGCUGCCAGUCUCAGUGUACUUAAGAAUGUGCCCAGCCUCGCCAUCCUACUUUCCAAGGAUGCACUGGAUCCGUGCCAACCCGGCUACCAGCCCCCGAGCUCCCAUCCUGGACCCUCGUCCCAGCCAGCUGCACCAACGUCCAAGAGGAGCCUAGGGGAACCUGCGGCUGGAGAAGGCUCUUCGAAGCGGUUACAGCCUGAGCCAAGCGCUGCGGAAGAGGACCAGACGGCCUGAGAGCUCGUGGGUCUGGGCCACGUAGAUGCGCUGGAUCUCACCCCCAGGGCCUCGACCUUGAGACGCAUCUCCGGCCUUUCACGCCUUGGUGCUCUGGACAUAGCUCCUCAGACGGUCAGCAUGGACCCCCAAGGCAACGAGAGGGACCCCAGGGAAGCUUCGUUCCACCACUUGUGUUGUCUGAAGACGCAGAACUCCACCUUCAGCUUUUCUGAGCCAUGCUGGAACCUUCUUCAGGGAGAGAGUGGUGGACCAUGGGACUCCUGAGCCUUGCUCAGGACCCCCAAGGGUUAAAGGCAUGCAGUAGUCAUGAGCACCCCCCCCCCGGGUGUAACCUAAGAGAGCUCUUGGAAUCACGUCCACCAUUGACUGGUUGAGGGCAAGGGGUGAGAAAAGGACUGCUUGAAGGCAAGGGAGUCUGAGUUGAUGGGGGUCUGUUCUGCCCCUCACCUGGGGAGACUGCUACCUUCCUAGUUUUCUUACCCUGCUAUCAAGGAGCAUCUUGAGACGAGGUGCAGGGCCACCUCUAUGGGCUCUAGCUCUUUUAACCACCCUCUUUCCCACUGGCCCAGAAGGAGAGACCCAGGACAAAACUCUUCGCCUUCUCCCCUGAGUCUCAGAGCUGGAGUCGUGCUUCUAAUAAAACAAACACAAAAAUG